CCAUGUACCCUGGAGAGGGUCCCCGGGGCUGCCGUCUCCCCUUCAUCUCAAGCGCGACCUGUGGCAGAGAGCUGGCGAAGGAGAAAGAAGACUCUGGCGUGACCAAGGUGGAGAGGAAAUACAGUGCUAAACACAAUGAUUUUCUGGACUCUAAAGGAUGCUUUGCCAACCCAACAUCCUCUGGCAGAAGGGUCAGCUCCUCAUCCUCUUGUGAAACAAGGCAAAGUGUCAAUGAGCCUCCAGGCCUCCCCAGAGUAUUUGCUCACCUAGGCAAUGCUGCAGAUUUGGAUCGGAAAUCCUCCUCUUCACAUUCUGAUAAUUCCUUUGAAACCUCAUUGCCUGAAGUUCAAAGGGAUAACUAUCCCCAGGAAUUCAGCCUGCUUAAAUUGCAGACAAAAGAUGGGCAGCGUCCUGAGUGGACGUUUUACCCGAGGUUUAGCAGCAAUAUCCACACCUACCAUAUUGGAAAGCAGUGCCUCUUCAAUGGAGUCUUUCUCGGCAACAGGAGGUCUCUAUCAGAGAGGACAGUAGACAAGUGUUUUGGGAGAAAGAAAUGUGAUAUUGAUCCCAGGAAUGGAAUCCCAAAGUUAACUCCGGGGGAUAAUCCAUAUAUGUAUCCAGAACAGAGUGCAGACUUCCAUAAAGCAGGGUCAACUCUCCCACCAGUGAAUUUUUCAAUAGUACCUUAUGAAAAGAAAUUUGAUACAUUUAUCCCACUUGAGCCGCUUCCACAAAUUCCCAACUUGCCUUUCUGGGUGAAGGAGAAAACCAACAGGUUGAAGAAUGAGAUAAGAGAAGUUGAGGAGCUUGACAAUUGGCAGCCAGCAGUGCCCUUAAUAAACAGUUUAUUCUCUCCUGGUACUUUGGACUUUCCAAGACAAUCCUGAGCAGAAACAGGCCCAUAAAGCAUCAACUGACUGCACGCCGGGGAGCCUUUUCCAGUUGAUGCCUUUUGUCACAUGACUGUUCUAAAUCAAAUAUUUGACUCU